GAAACAACAGAAGCCCCACAAGAUGGUAGGAUUUAUACGCUGCUGCAUCCUCUUGCAGUUUGGUAUUUCGUCUUUACAGGACAGUGGUUUGACCCAGUACGCCUUUUUCUUGAAUCUAAACUGAACUUGACACCAUCAGCGACUAAACUUUGUCGUUCCCUGUACGCUGCGUGGCAAGCCAUAGUGGUUCUAUUCAUAUGGGCUUUCUUCGUGUACUCCAUGGGUUUUAUGGGGUUGCGAACUUUGAAAGAAGUCGACUGGCUGUGUCCGCUAACAGACAUCAAGAAUAUAGCUUAUGGGUUAUGUUGGAUCGUGGAUCAUCAUACAGGUCUGUUAUUCUUUCUGAUGGGAAACUACGAGAAUCUCCUAAAGAGGUUGACCAUUACUAAAAAAGAUGUCAGACGAAGAUACUUGUCCAGUCCCAUCCUCGUGUUUGUUGUGGCGUCCUUUCUGUUUCUUUUCGUCCUGCCACUCGGACUACACGUUACGCAGAUGUUGAUUCCUGAUGUCAUCCCCGUAGAACCAAAGAUCAGAAAUGGAACUAUCUCAGUUACAAAUAAGCCCUUUCCACAUCUUCAAGUUGCUUGGGAUGGAGUGUUCUUCGUUGCGCAACGUGUAUUCGCAUUACCAGUGUUCUACGCGUUCCUGAGCCUGUUGUUCUUUCUAAACUGCGAAGUAAAUAAGUUUAAAGAAGAGCUAAAAGAUCGCAAUUAUCUUCGCGAACACCAAGCUAGGAAACGUGCCAUACGGAUGAGAAAUCUCAUCAGAGAUACAGAGAAAGCGUUUCAAGUUUUCUUGACCCUGUACAUCGUUAUGCUCUUGUUGACGACAGCCCUGGAAAUAUUCUCCAUCGUGGAGAAAGUGGAAACUGUCAUAACCGUGAACAAUACGGUCGAGCACUUUAUCCCUGUAAGCGCUGCAACGAGCAGUCUGAAAACGAUGGAUACAAAUACCAUCACAGCCAUCCCUCACAGAUUGACCGGCAAACACUCCUUCCCGCACGUUUUCGUGCUCGUGAACCAGGGCAAUCAAUCCUUACCGGGAACAGGGGGUUUCGGAGGCAGAACGCUCUCCUCGUCACUUCAAGUGAUCGAUCAGUAUAGGAUGAAGACAUCAGAGAUCCUCCUCACCGCUGUUCUUGACAUCACCCAAAACGUGGUCUUGUACGCCAUCCCACUGUACCAGAUGCAUGCUCUCAAGAGAUGCCUAGAGGAGGUUGUGGAGAUGGUGCAAGACAGUGAUUAUGAUCACCAAGACGCCAACAUGAAAAUCUUCCACACGCGACAAGACAAAAAAGAUUUUAAAAAUUUCUUCAAGGAUACAUGCAUCUCCGGAAUUCGUGUGCUCGGUAAAGAGGUCAGUUUUCUGUGGACCCUGGUGCUAACCUUCAUUGGUCCUUUUGUUGUGGUUGUUGCAAACUUGAUGUUCAAACAUAUACAUGUUGAAACACCUCUGAAUUAGCAUAAAAACAAGCAAAAGAGGUACCCAUUUCUUUGAACAGCAGCCAUAGUUAAAGCAGUUGAAAAAUAGUGAACCCUUACAACAAUUUGCAGGAUAUAAGACCAUGGGCGAUCGUCAAGGAAGCUUGUCACAUUACAUUAGGGCAAUUAAGAAAGAAAAAACUAUUCGUUGGGAUCUCACGCAACACUUCUCCGUUUUCAUACCCGUUUUUGGGGAGAGUUAUGUGACAUCCCAAAGGAGAAUGGGACCGAAAGCUGAUCCCGUUGCUAAGCAACGUUUCUUUGCAAAAUUAAGUUGAAAUUAAAAGAAAGAAAACACGUAAGUUUUGUACAAAAAACCGUAAUAUUUGCAAACCCAUGGGAAAAAUUGUAAAUACUGCAAAUGAUGUAUGUACUUUCAAUCUCGACGAUAGGUGCAUAAGGUGAUUUAAGAUCAAUCCACUCCAAAACAAUGUGGUUCACAGAGUUAAGACCUUUCACAACCCUAACAUCAGUAUGCAUAUUCUCUAUACUGCUCUUUAUACAUUUUCUAAGGUGCUGACAAAGAGAAUUUGUUUAACAAUUAAGAGUUUCUUUAAUAGGGGAUCAUUUCUUUUAUUCUCAUGACCUUAAUGUGUGAUUCAGGGGUGAUAUUGUAAGGAGAAAUUAGAUGCUAGUCACUCUUAGGAGUCAAAAGAUUAACAGGGAAACUUUAUAGUGAAAAAACGAUCUGCUUUCCUAUAAUUGUAGCGUGCGCUAAUAGAGAUUUCAUUCUUUACAGGAUGCAAUGCAUCUCAAAAGUUUUCCAAAGGUUUAUCACAUACUACAAAAAGUGUAAAAAAUGUCUUUACAAUUAACUUUUAAAAGAAUAGAUCAAGUUUUAAAUCGAAUAAAAUUAUUCUUAAUAAAAUACUGCUUUGUGGAAUAAUUGGCCAUUUUGUGUUCUAACCUGUGACUAUCGAAAAAAUGUCCCUUAGCAAUCCGUGCGGCUGGGCCCCUAUUGGCAGGGCCUCUAACGAGUUCGCACUCACAAACCAUACAUGAACAAAUCAUUUUAACCAAUUAAAUUUUGUUUUAAUGGGAGGGUGGGUGCGGACUCUGUACCUUUGGUAAAGGUUGGGGCAGUGUAUAGCUAGUAAAGUACUUUAAAAUCGUACAAAAAAAACCAAAAACAACAAUAAUAAUAAUAACCACAACAACACUAAACAAAUGAUAACAAUGAUAACAAAAAAAAUAAAUAACAAGUUUCGUCGUUCUUUCUAAUCAGUUUUCCAUUCGUUAGCUCUAAUGUCGUAAAACUAGUAUAAGUAUAUUCGUGUUGAAUAAAUACAACAAAAGUUUGCUAUGGUUAAAUAACAUUAAAAAAUAAACAAAGAACAUAAAAAGAGUAGAGAUAAUAUUAUCUGAUAAAUAUUACACAGUGUUCACCCUUUACCCCCUGACAUCAGUAUGUAUAUUCUCCAUACUGUUCUCUAUACAUUUCCUAAGGUGCUGAUAAGGAGAAUUUAUUUAACAAUCAAGAGCUUCUUUAGUUGGUGAUCAUUUCCUUUAUUCUCGUUAUCUUAAUGUUUGAUACAGGAGUGAUAUUGUUGGGAGAAAUUACAUGUAGUCAUUCUUAGAGGUAAAACGGUUGAAAGGAGCACACGGAUUACAAACGGCCGACAAGCAAGAUCUAACUAUGUUAUGCAAAAUGCACAAUAUCUUGCAAAUUUUCCAUCAGUUUACUUGAACUUGUCACACAACGCCAGAAAGAAAGAAAAUGCAUCAGUCAGCAUUUCUUAAUUGACUCCUUUCUCGAAAUUUCGUUUGUCAGUCAUCUUUUUUUGUGUAAUUCCGUUUAUUUGUUUGUUUGACAGUUUGACAAGUUUACAUUUCCGAGAAUUAAUCUUAGUCUUUUUCACUGUAAGAUACUCAAAUAUUGACCGAUGAGGUGCGAUUCUGCUAAUUGGGCAACAGAAUAUGAUAAAAUAUUGGAAAAAAUCAGUAACGAAUGUAUCUAUCGUGCUUUACUUCCUUUAGCAAGUAUGCUACUUGAUUCACAAUUCAUGAAAAUGCAUUUUAUUUUGAUGUUCAGCUAGCUUAUGACCUCGGAAGAGAAGUUGAUCCAGCUUCUCUCGUGACUUUCCUGUGACUCACACGCGCCCAUCAAUCAAACUUAUAAGUCACGAGAAAAUACAGCAAUUACCUUGACAAUUCAUGAAAAUGCAUUUCAUUUUGAUGUUCAGCCAGUUCAUGACCUCGGAAAGAUCAACACAAAGAGAAGUUGAUCCAGCUUCUCUCGUGACUAUCCUGUGACGUACCAUCAAUCAAACUUAGAAGUCACGAGAAAAUACAGCAAUUACCUUGAUAAUUCAUGAAAAUGCAUUUCAUUUUGAUGUCCAGCCAGUUCAUGACCUCGGAAAGAUCAACACAAAGAGAAGUUGAUCCAGCUUCUCUCGUGACUAUCCUGUGACUUACCAUCAAUCAAACUUAUAAGUCACGAGAAAAUACAGCAAUUACCUUGACAAUUCAUGAAAAUGCAUUUCAUUUUGAUGUUCAGCCAGUUCAUGACCUCGGAAAGAUCAACACAAAGAGAAGUUGAUCCAGCUUGUCCCGUGACUAUCCUGUGACUUACAAGCGCCCAUCUAUCAAACUUAUAAGUCACGAGAACAUACAACAAUUACUCAAAUCCUUGACUGGCGAUUGUUAUUGUUGAUUCACGAAACAUUUUAGCAAAAUUCAAGUUGACCGUGCACAACGCUCACAUUUUCGUGAAUUUCGCAGAGCGACCAAUCUAACCCUCUCAUGUAUUCAUUCAGUUUCGAUAGAUGAGCAAUAAACAACGAUAGCGAACGGUUAAGAAACUCCUAAAAUAGCAACGUAGUUUUCAUUUUUGAUAUUAACCGACUUUACUUUCCAGAGACGUCCACUGACCAUGUAUGUCAAUUCGCAUUGUCUCUAUGAAGGGACGUUCUACGGUUCACUGACUUUCUCUUUCUAAGAAAAUGAAUCAUUAUUACUCGACCAAUUACGUCUCGCGAGUGGAAAAGGGGGGUUUCCCUUGAAACAAACUGUGCGGAACAAAAGAAUUCUACUGUCUUAAUAAAGCAAUAUAUUUGUAUUUACAGCCGGAUAGAAAAGAGCUAAAAGAACGCUAUAAUGAAGGAACUCCUUGGAAUAGAAAACCAGGGGUAUAAAGCGGAAGAUGAGGAUGCAAAUUUUAACCUCGAUCCGCGUAGUAUAGCCCAAACAAGAGAAGCCGCAAAGGAUAAUAACAAUCAUACGCUGCUGCAUCCUUUUGUUGUUUGGUAUUUCGUCUCUACGGGGCAGUGGUUUGAGCCAGUUCGCCUUUAUCUUGAAUCUAAACUGAAUUGGACACCAUCGACGACUAAAGUUUGUCGUUUCCUGUACGCUGUGUGGCAAGCCAUAGUGGUUGUAUUUAUGUGGGCUUUCUUCGUGUACUCCAUGGGUUUUAUGGGGUUGCGAACUUUGCAAGAGGUCGACUGGCUGUGUCCGCUAACAGACAUCAAGAAUAUGGCUUAUGGCUUUAGCUGGAUCGUGAAUCAUCACACAGGUCUGAUAUUUUUCCUUAUGGGAAACUUUGAGGAACUCCUGAAGAAGCUGACCAUCACCAAAGAAGAUGUCAGACAAAGAGCCUCGUCCAGUUCCAUCUUACCGUUUGUCGUUGCGUCCUUUCUGUUUCUUUUCAGCCUACCACUCGGAUUACACGUUUCGCAGAUGUUGAUUCCUGAAGUCAUCCCCGUGGAACCAAAGAUCCAACAUGGAAAUAUCUCAAUUAAAAAUGAGACCUUUCCGCCUCCUCAAGUUGUUUUGGAUGGAGUGUUCUUCAUCGUGCAACGUGCAUUCGCUCUACCAGUGUUCUACGCGUUCCUGAGCCUGCUGUUCUUUCUCAACUGCGAAGUACACAAUUUUAGAAAAAGGCUAGAAACUCGCCAUUAUCCUAAAGAAGAAUUGGCUAGGAAUCAAGCUAAAAGGAUUAGAAAUCUCAUCAGAGAUACAGAGAAAGCGUUUGAAGUAUUCUUGGCCCUGUACAUCACAAUGCUCCUGUUGGCGACAUCCUUGGAGAUUUUCUCCAUCGUGGAAAAAGUCGAAACUGUUAUAACCAAGAACGAAACAACGUAUUACAUAGCCGCAAGCUCAACAACGACCAAUCUACAAACCCUGGGCCUCAGUGGAGAUAUCAUUAAAGCCAUUCCUCACAGAUUGACCGGCAAACACUCCUACCCGUAUGUUUUCGUGCUUAUUAACCAGGGCAAUCAAUCCUUCCCGAAUACAGGAAAUGGAUUGUCCCCCUCACUAAUUCCUCAUACCAAGAUUGUGAUCGAUCAGUACAGAAUAAAGACAACAGAGAUCGUCAUCACCGCUGUUCUUGACAUCACCCAAAACGUGGUCUUGUACGCCAUCCCACUGUACAAGAUGUCUGCUCUCAAGAGGUGCCUGGAAGAGGUUGUAGAGCUGGUGCAAGACAGUGAUUAUGGUGACCAAGAAACCAAUACGAAAAUCUUCGACACACGCCAAGACAAAGAAGAUUUCAAAGCUUACUUCAAAGAUUCAUGUUCCGCCGGGAUUCGUGUGCUCGGUAAAGAGGUCAAUUUUCUCUGGACUCUGGUGCUAACCUUCUUUGGUCCUUUUGCUGUGGUUGUUGUAAAUUUGAUGUUCAAACAUAUACAUGUUGAGACUCCUUGGCAUUAG